AUGUCAACAAAGGCGAGAAACUUUAGUGUCGACAAUGCGAACAACAAAAUCUUUUUACCAAGUAUUUUUAAUAAUGACAAUGAUCUUGAUAUCAAUAUUGAUCCUAAAUUAUAUUUGCAAACCAUUUUCAACAAAACAACAAAAGCCCAAAGAACUAAAUCACUGUCAUUUUGUAAUUAAAUAAAGUUGCCUUAAAAAGUUGAACCAAUUCAAGUCAAAUAAAAACUAGAGACUGACAAAGAGAUUGUUUAUGCCUUCGAAGAUUAAUUCUAGUACAAAGAUAAAUAACAAUAUACAAAUAAAUUAUAAAUCAAAUUAUCUAAAAACAAUUAAAAUAAAGACAUCAGAUAUUAAGAAUUAGUUAAUUGUUAUUGUUAAAAGUUUACAAAAAAAAAACCACCGUUAAAUUUAAAACAUCAUAAAUUAGAUCUUGAAUUUUUGUGA